CUUUCUGUCAUCUGUCUGCAACUGAGGGUGUAAACAUGAUUUACUUAGAAAAGAGUGCUUUUGUAAUUUUAUAGUUGUUUUUACAUGCUAGUUAAAAUAAAAAGUAUGUUUGAAACAAACAGUUAAUUGUGAUAUUUUUUUACCUAUUAAAUUAACGGCGUUUAUCCCAAUGGCCAGUGACAACGAUAAGAGUUCGAAUAAUCAUAACUUGGAUGGUUCACUUAAGAGCAACAAGAAGUUAACGAAUAGUGGAAGUAUCGGUGACAUCGAGGACAAAUCAAAUCUGGGUGUGCAUCCUGUGGGGAAAGGUGGUAGACAUUUGUCUAUACCAUUUGAUUCAGCAACAGCUAAUGGUGACCUAACAAAGAAACAAAAUGGUUCAGCGGUACGCACGAACAGCCUGGGGUCGGGCGCGCGCACACCUCCGGCUGAACGGUCCAAAUCCAAAUUCUCAGCUUUUGGUAGACUUUUCAAGCCAUGGAAAUGGAAACGGAAAAAGAAAUCUGAAAAAUUCGAAGCUGCUUCUAGAACAUUAGAGAGGAAGAUAUCCGUCCGAGCGAAUAGAGAUGAGUUGGUGCAGAAAGGUAUCCUCUUACCAGAGAGCCCCGUCACGCCUGUGCCCGAAGUUGAUGAACCAGUGUCGCCCCCGACGGGUGGCGAGGAGGCGCGCAGUGAUGUCAGCGCUGCACAAGCUAAUCAAGACAGGCUCAUGGGCAUGCACGCCGCCCUGCAGGCGCAGCUUGCGUCGCAGCUGCAGCAGCAACAAGCUGCUAUGGCUGCGGCCGUAGCCGCCGCCGCUGCCGCGCACCACCACCAUCAAAACAACAAUGUUAUAGAACCAAAGAAGGACAAAUUGGAAAAUGGUGGCGAGCUGAUGAGGCCUGAGCGACCCAACUCCUUGACUGGCAAGAUUCCACGACGAAUAUGCUACCAAGGAGAUGUUGUGGGUGGUUACGGGUCGACAGGCGACGGCGGCGGCGGUGGCGGUGUCCACGGCGGGCACGGCCACGGCGAGGCGGAGGAGCAGCUCAUGCUGUCCGAGCUGCCGGAGCCACCCAUCGCACUUUCUGAGAUCGGCCCCAUCCCGCCGCCCCCCAUGUUCAGCUCGCCCAGCCCCACGCGCCACCACCACCAGCAUCAACAUGCGCAUGCGCACGCACAACAUCCCCUAGCGCAACAUCCUCUCUCUGACUCCGAAGAGGAGGACGAACAGGAGGACGAUGAAAUAGAGCCACUGACACUCGGUGCGGACACGAACCGCGUCGAGGAGAUUCCGCCUAAGGAGCCCAUCUUCAACGCGGUACCGCUGAAGUCUGCGCUGAAGAAGAGGCCGGCGCCGUCCGCGUCCCCCGCCGCGACGCCGCUGGCCACGCCGCUGGCGCCGCGCCAGGACCACCACCACACCAGCUUCAAUACCCGGGGGGCGGUGCGCGUGGGCAACGGGCUGGAGAACAAGGAGAACGCGCGGCCGUGGGAGGAGUACGAGUCAUCCAGCGAGUCGGACCGCGUCGCCGCCAAGCUGGCGCGCAAGGAGAGCCUCAACAUCAAGCUCGCACUGCGCCCCGACCGACAGGAACUCAUCAACAGGAACAUUCUGGUGGUGCAGAGUGAGCACGAGCGACAGGAGUCCUGGGAGGCCAUCGGCGCGCGCCUCAUCCGCCGCCUGUCCAUGCGGCCCACCGCAGAGGAGCUCGUCGAGAGAAACAUACUCAAAAGUCAGUCACCCGCCGAAGAGAAGAAACAGAAGGAGGAGAAGAAACGUUAUCUGUUACGCAAGCUCAGUUUCCGACCCACUGUCGACGAACUCAAAGAGAAGAAGAUCAUCCGCUUCAGUGACUACAUUGAAGUCACGCAGGCGCAUGACUACGACCGUCGUGCCGACAAGCCGUGGACUCGUUUAACUCCCCGGGACAAGGCUGCUAUCAGGCGAGAGCUCAACGAAUUUAAGAGUUCGGAGAUGGCUGUACACGAGGAAAGCAAGCACCUUACCAGGUUCCACCGACCAUGACGGCCGAGGCUCGUGGGCGGGGCGCGCGGCUGAGUGUGUGCGCCCAGCGCAGUGGGCGCAGUGGGCGCAGUGGGGCGCAGUGGGCGCGGUUGGGCGCAGUGGGCGCAGUAGGGCGAAGCAGGGUGCAGUAGGGCGGCAGCACGGCAUUUCGUGCGACUCUCGGCUCGCCGCCUGUUCCCGACCACCGGCCGUGGCCGCACUUGUGAUUUUUAAUGUUAUUUAUAUUGACUUCUUCCGUUUUCUGGAAGAUUUGUAUGCAAUAACUUACCAGAACGCAUCGGUAAAGUGUUGAAUAUUCUAAAGUUGCGUUGUACCGCCGUUUCGACGUUACGUUUUGUACAUGCGUACCGAGAGUGCAAUUUUGUUUUUUAAUUUACCUACUAUGUAUCGUAGUUAUUGCCGAGUACAAUUAUUGUCAUUAUGGUAUCGUUUAUUAUAAUUAAGUUGACGUAUUCUAAGCAUAACUAUACAUUCUUUGAAUUGACCUUCGAGAAAGGUUAGUGAUACUGUUUAUUGUGGUGGAGAUUAUGCGCUUUCAAACUAUGUGAAUUGUAUGUAACGUUUACACGUGAAUUAUUUUGAUAUGUGAGACGUAUCCGACAUAUUGUAUUUUUUGUAAACUUGUGAUUUUUCUUAUAUUGCUAGCUCUUAGCUCCGUAGUCUUUAAGCUAGAUUUCAACUUGAAAUAUUUAUUUGGCAUUAAUCGACACUGUAUUAUGUUACGGUCACAAAUUAUUUUUCUCUUUGUGUGUCGUAUUAUGGUAAGGUAGACUUGAUCACAACACAAUUUUCGCCCCCUAGCGGCGCUAAAUGCAAUUUUUUUUUAAGUACAGAAAUCUUUUUUACGUCACGAUAAAAUGGUGAAUCUUUCUUAAUUACAUUGACGAGUUGCGGCAUUUCAUAAAGUUCAAGUUUAGAGAUACUACCACAGAGUUUCAAUAAAUUGUUUUACACUUUUAGUGAACUGGAAAACGUAUAAUAAUUUGUAUAGUAUCAGUGGUUUCCAGAUAGAUUUUGUAACAUUUUGUUGAGAUGUGAGAAUAGGUGUUAUAUUGGUAAGACACGGUUAAAUAAAGCGCGUCCUCUGUGAACUUUUUAUAUUGGAAUGUUAAUUUGAUGUUGUUGAUGUGCUUCCAACGUACGUAAACACUCUCACCGAUCCUAGACUCUCAUUUGUUACGGCCAACCGUUCCAUGUACCCUGUUUAUUUGCUCAAGUCUAGCCAAAUGCAAAAUUAUAUACUACUGCCACUAAUAUAUCACCUAUUAUCUCCUGAAAUUACAUUUUAAUAUUAAUUCCUGUAAACUUUGUAUCAAUAUAAUAAUCAAAACAUAGUUUGCCAUGAAGGCGUAUGCAUUGUAGUAAAUAUAAUUUACUGUAUAAGUGAAUAAUUCCAUAAAUACUUAUCAAAUGAACAAUAGCUAAAUAAACGAGCACCAUCUGAACAGAGGCAAUUAAUUUGUGAUUAUUCGAUAAGACUACUGGUCCAGUUAUGAGAUUCCUAAGUACAGGGAAAACUCAGUGAUUGUAACUCACUAUAGAACACUGUUGUUAUUAAUAUGACACUGAAUAUUGAUGUUGAGCUCAAUGUAAAGUGUGUUAAAUAGUUAGGCUUUAUUAUGUCCAUCCUGACGUGACGAUUACGAGCAACCUCGGCGGGAACAACUUGUUAUCACUUGUCGCUCUAGCCUAGCUCUAGUGUAAGGUAUUCAAACGUUGAACGAACUAAAUCACUAAUUAAUGAUUCAAUAAGCUAUUAUAAAGCUGUAGCUGUUAAAUACAUUAUUGUAUGUACGCCUUCUGAGAUUAACAGAGAUUGUUUGAUGAAGUGCCGAUACCACCGCGGGUGGACUCGACAGUACAGAGAGCAAUAAUCUGCUAUCGGCUUGUUUGGUUGACGAGUGACAUUAUUUGAACUAGUGUUGGAAACUUUUUAUAUUACUGAAUAGAUUAAUUCUUCUUAGUGUAACUAAUAGAUAGGAAUCAGUUAUAAAUAUUUUUUAAAAGCGACGUAUUGUUCAGUAGCGGUGCCAUUUCGUGUGACGUGUUUGAUGAGUAAGUCAUCCCGGUUCUGAGUGCGACCAUUGCGAGCGGCUCGGGCCGUGUUCGUGCUGGAGUCAAUUUGGUGACACGAACUUUGCAUCAGUCUGAAUGUUUUCAUUACACGUGUUUUGUAUAGCGAUUAUUCUGUUAAGUCAAUGCGUAAUAACAGUACAUUAUACACGACGAUUGUAGCAACAUACGAAAAUGUUGAUCUAAUGGUUAUUCUGACGACCAUUCCAUUAUAGAAUAAAGUGGAAGCCAAAAUGACGACUUAUUUUUCUAAACGAUUUUGUUAGAUUUGCAAUUAAAACUAAUAAGGUAAAUCGUAGAUGUUUAUCGAUAUAUUAUAUUACUUGAUAAGACAUACAGAUUUUCCAAAGAUCUAAGGCUCAACUAAAUUCUUUUCACUAGCUAACAUGUUAUGACAUCUAUUGUGUAUGUAUGUGAAAAACUUGUCAUCGACGCUCGGCCACUGGUGCACGAGUGCAUUAUGUAACUUGAGAUAUUAUUUUUAUAAAAUCAAAUGUGAUAUAAUUAUUUUAAUUUCUAGUGUUUAAUUUGAUAACACUUUUUGCAUACAUAUUUAUUCGAUUAUUUAUUAUUAGAAAGAAAUGAUGUUGAUGUUGCUAACACUAACUUUCCUAUGGUUUCACCAAUAUUAAUCAAGUAUUUUCACAGUGCAAAUAGUACCACAAACCCUGCAAUGUUUCGCAUCGUAGAGCUCUUCGUGUAAUAAAUAAUUUAGUAUAUCUCACAAAGUAUUUUGAUAACAAGUGCAGGGGAACUGUUAAAUAUUGACUUGAACUAUUUUUCCAUGUUUACACUAACGGUGUACGUAAUAUUGUACUAGUAGGUAUACGUAUAAUGUACCACACUAUAUUUCUGUGACGCUAAGUAUAUUUAUGUAUCAGCUGGUUGAAAACUGUAUCGGCCGCUCUCCUGUUUGCUUAAUGUUAGUCGAUAGAUAAACUAUUCGUGAGUCUAUAAAACAGACCGAGGUCACAAUCAUUUCGAAUUUCCGUCGACAAAUAUUAGCAAGCUUGCAAGCUCCGCAAAAUAUGAAUCUAAAACCAACUACGACAUAAAUAAAUAAUCCAUGUAUUGCGAUAGAGUUUUUAAAUCAAUUAUAUCGAUAAACAUUCUUUUAAAAUUAUGUCUGUAUAUAAUUUUAUUAUAAUGUUAAUUAUGGAAUCUCUCAUUUCCAAUAAUAUCGUUCAUAAAUUUUUGUGCUAUUUCAAUUUAUUAUUGCUAAUCUUCAGUAAUCUGUAUACUGUUGCUUUUAUUUUAAACAUCAUGUAAAUUAUUAAUGACUUGUUGUAAUGAGUAUAUAUUGAUAGCUAUAAAAUUACUUGUUUUAUAUAAAAGUAAGUCUGUAAAUAUCAUAAUUAUACAUUAAGUUUUAUACAAUA